AUGGAAAACGAACGAGAAAAACGUGUUGCUAGUUGGGUUAUGUACAACCAACGUGGCCAAAUGGAACCACCAUCAAAUAGAGCAUUCGAAAUUUACAGUAAAUUGCUCUUUCGUAUAGCAGGUGCUGAUGGAGUAUUGGCGUCGAGUGAACGAGAAUGGAUCAUCGGUCAACGUGCAGCGUUGGGUGCUUCGGAUGAGCUGAUUGAAAUGCUAGAGACUUACGAACCUUCAGAUGACGACUGGAAAAAUCUUUUAGAACUUCAACGCUCGUUCAUUGAAUCAGCGAAGUAUCCACUUAUCUACGAUGCGUUUCAAGCUGCGGCUGCCGAUUCGGAAUUGCACGCGGACGAGAGACGAGCAAUCUCUGAACUUGGCCAUGAACUUGGUGUUGAUGAAGCCACCAUUGAAAAGAUUGCUCAGCUAUGUGAAGAAGAACGUGAAAUCAAAAAACGGCGAAUAGCUUUACUGUAUCCACCUAUUGUUAAUGUAAUUGAGGAGAAACAAGAACAGAAAGCUUCGCUUUCUGACUCUGAUGAAGAAUGUUCGUUUUGA